UGCCCAUCCUGUCAAACCGAUCUGCUCUGUCUUCCUUCUGGCCAAAUUUCGCUGCUUGCAAACGCUAUUUGCCUUCAAGCUCGACAUUUCGUCUCCAUUUAUCAACGUGGCUGGUUGACCUGUGAAGACCCAGCCUGUAAAGCUUCGUUUCGGGGUCCACCUCCCGCUGCUCCUGUACAUAAUAAUUCAAUCUCUGAUCACACCAGCGACGACAUGGAUGAAUUAGAUGCUGCGGCUGCUGCCUACCAGUCGCACCAUUUAGUCGACGUUUCUCAGCAUACAUUGCUCUGGUCUUCUUUGGGUCCUUCAGCAUGUCCACUUUGUGCAAGCUGUGCUGGUCAAACUCAGAUGCGGCAGCGUUACUCUGAGACCCAGUUAUACAGGCAGCUGUUGUUUUAUAGACAUCUUCUCGCUCCAAUCUCUGGAUCAACUGUCUCUUCUGGAUGUAAUUAUUCUUCAGUAGCUAACUUAAACCUGUUUUAA